CCGCUCACAUCAUUGUCAACAUUCACCGCAUCCGCGGUACCAUGGUUUCCAGUCCCAAGAUGACGCCAUGGCUGAUGGCAUUUUUUUGCCUGGCAACGGCCGGGUGUUCAAACGUGACCGAUCAGCAAACUUCCGAGACUCAACAUGAUCAUCAGGUUGCUAUCCUGAAACAAAUUCGCAAGGUUAAUGAUGACGGUUCUUAUACCUACGGGUACGAAGCCGGAGAUGGAUCCUUUAAAGAACAGAUAUCAGUAGUCCAGAGCAUUCCUCGCAACAAUCGCACUAUAACCACCACCAAGAAAUCGCCGAGCAUCGUCUACUCCACCUCAACGGAAUUGGCUACGAAGUCUUCUGUAGUCCAAUCGAUUCCAAGAACACGCAAAACCACAACCGCCCCAACAACAUCGACCACGACUGCGACAUCUACAGAGGGACCCACAAGAUCUAGUUUUGUCCGGCCCAAGGGAAGACAUCGCUUCGUUAUAAACGGUCAGCAACGUCCGAUUGUACUCGAGGAAGAAGAAAUCGUAGAUGAAGAUUCUCAAAUCACUAGACCUAGUUCCAGUGAUAAAUCCUCGUCACUUAGAAGAGUAAUUUUCACGAAGCGACCUGUCGAUCACAAUUUGCGACCAAUUACUGAAGAAUUUGAAGACAAGGAGGAAGAAGUGAAGAUCACUACUGGUAACGCUCUGAGGCGGCAGCUGCAGGAGGAGACAACCAAAGCAUCGACACCAGUUGUUGAACAUGAAGACGAUCACGCUGACGUUUAUGGAGGCGCUUUAUCCACAUCACGUCCAUUAUUCACUACUAGUAGUCCAACGAGAUCAGCUCAAAGGGCAGCUAGCCUUAGACACGAACGACAAAAACAUAUUUACGUAAAUCAGGAUAACGGACCAGCUAAAUUCGAGCAGACACCUCGAACAUACGAACAACAUGAAACGAAGAAUCAUGUUCAAGAAGAUCGUAACACAGCCCAGCAGGUUUUCAUUCGCACCACCACACGAGCCCCAGGAGAUCCUCGGGAAUACGUUCGUCAAAAUGGGGAGCCCGUCUACGUUCGCCAGCAACCUGACGCCUAUCUGAGGGAUCUUCCACCUGGUGGUAUCCUUGUUCCAGCCGGUGAAAAUACUUUGGAAGCAGAUCAACGCUAUCGCCAAAUUCCUCUUAAUAGGCUGCUACUGUCUAGACCGGAAUUCAGUAGAUUGCUUCAAACUCCUCAACAACCGUUGUAUACAGGUACAGGUACAACUGAUGCUAAUAUUCACUAUCUAACAGAUUCACCACCAGCGGCCCAAGAUCAAGAAGAGGCAGCACCUCGAGUACCAGUAAAUCCAGCCUAUUUGGCUCGUCAAAGAGCUGCCUAUCAGCGUCAGUUGGCUUAUUCAGAAGGAUUAUCAGAUCCCCGAAGACUACUUCUGCGACCUGCACCUGUACCCCAACCAUUACCACAAGAUGAGCGAGAAUACCAGAACAUAGCUCCAGAAUAUCCUUACAGAAUGGGUCAAUAUGCCCUGCCACCGGAGCCUCCAAAUCCUAUUGCACCACCUCUCAGUCGUCGUGAUUUUCAAUUACUGUUGAGACGUCUUCUUGUCAGUCAAUAUGGAGCUCAGGCCCUCAGCUACCCAAAGACUUACCUCGAGGAUGCUCUAUAUGAUCAGCAGCCUUAUCCAUCCUACCAGCCAGCUUACCAAGCUGCACCCAUCCCAAGGGGUGAGGUUCCUUACGCUCCUGAACCUGUCGCCCCAGUACCACCACCACCACCGUCACCUCAAGCAACAUACCCAGAAAGGGUACCUCUAAGAAGAGCACCGAUGUACACGCGAGCCAUAAACCCUCUGUACCAGCAAAAUCAGUACGAGGAAUAUCCAGAGUCACCUAGAUACCCGAAACGUGUCUACAGGCAAAAGUUCUACACUCAAGAGGCACCCGAUGAAGGCGAAGAGAUCCUACCACCUCAGAUCCGAGAAGCUCUUUUACUGAGGAUGUUACAGUUGGCUAUCAAUGCCGAAAGGCCGGUGGCGAUGCCAAACACGCUGAUAAUGACAACUACAGCACCACCGGUCAACAGAUAUCGAAAGUCUGGACCUGUAAGAAGCGUACAGAUCCUCGGGGAGGACGUCGAGGACGAGAAGGAGAUAAGAAAAAAGAUGUAGGUCACCUAAUCGCGGAUGAAGAUUUUGUGGUAACAUCAAGUGCUCGAGAAUAUGAUUGAAUACUUAUUUUAUUAUUAUUUAUUAUUAAGUUUUGUCAAAGUAUUAUUUUUGUAAAUCAAAUUUUAUUUCUUCAGCAGAGGAUCGUCGUGCUUUUUAAGAGUUUGCGUUUUACAAGACUUUAAUUUUUAAUUAGUACCUAUAUUCAAAUUUGUUUUGAUACUUUUCAAAAAGCCGAUGAUCAAUUAUUACUAUUAUUAUCAUCAUAUUUUUAUACUGUACGUACGAAGUUUAUAACAUUGCAUUACUUGUUUUCACGUCUCAUGUACUACACCGUAUAAUUAAAAAAUCAAGCAUACGCAUGUCCCUAGUAAUGUAAUGAAAUCAAAGGAUACGUUCUUUUAUAAGCUUAUAUCUUAAGAUCGGAAAACAUCGUUGUAAAUACGAGAGAAUUAUGUAAACUACAGUGUAAUAUAGAUUUAUACGGACGUGCGAGUUUUGCACCCCCCUUCCAUCUUUAUACCCGACAUCGACAAAAUAAAGAGCGAGAUAAAUGGA